AACAAAUUAUGUAACUUAUUAUAAAACCUAUAAACAAGCUGCUGAAGAGUUUGAUCCUGAUUUAUUUCUUUGUGACUUUUUAACUAAUUAUCCGUGCUUUGAUCUUGCAUGGAAAUUAGGAAAGCCAGCUGUCGGAAUUACAUCGGUUUUAAGUCGAGUUGUAUCUAAUCCUCUAUAUAAAUCGGAUCCCAUACAUUCGGGAUGUCAUGUGAAUAUGGAAAAUGAGCCGUUUUAUGACAGAUUUGUAUGUGCAACAAUAGCCCCUUUACGAAAAUUUUGGUUAUUUAUGUUGAUUAUGUAUGAUGUAAAUGUUCAAAGAGCAAAAGUUGGUAUAGAUUCUCAUUGGGAUCCAAGAG